AAUGGCAACAUUAUUUUAAUGUGAUGGUGCAAACUGCAUCGAAGCUUUUCUAGAAGUGGCCAUUUCAACUACAGCUUCAAUCAUGGCUAUAAAUGGAUUCAGAAUAAUAUUUAGAGAUCGUAAUAAAUUGUUAUCGAAAUUGAAUAAAAUUAUUUAUGGCAUAUCUAUGAGUUAAUUAAUAUUGCUUAGCGCCUAUUUUAUAUUUUGGGGUAAAUUAUCAAUAAAACUUUAGGAUCUGAUUUUGUAAUUUCAAGUAUUAGAUGUCUAAGAAUUUUGAAUGAAAUUUUAUUAUGUUCUUUGUUAGCAGAAAUUGGAUUUGAAAAAGAAUUUUUAGAUAAAUUAGAAGUCUUUUUAAAGGUCUUAAGUGGAUUUGUAUUUAUAGAAUGGUUUUGGACUGCUAUUAUAUCAAAUGAAGAAUAUGAGUAAUUUAUUAGAUAAAUAUUAAGUUAUUAUUGCUUGAAGAUGGAUUUGGUUUAUUUAUCUGGAACUACAGUCAUUUUAACUUUAUUGGCUAGUGGUUUUGGAUUUUAUGCCUUGGAUUAAUUAUAAAUAUCUAAGCAAGAAUUAAAGCCUACUGAUUAAAAUAAAAUGGAAGAGUAAGCUUUAGAAAUUAAAAUAUUUUUGGGUUGUGAUUUGUUAUCUGGCUUAAUUUAAUUUGGGUGGGAUUAUUGGGCUAAUAUGAGUGCAUAUACAAUUGCUGAUUGUAAAUCAUAUUAUGAAGCCUCAUCUAUUACUAGUGUAAGAAUUUAAUCUUAAUAAUUAGAUAUUUGUAAUAUUUAUAAUGAAAGUAUUAACGUUGAUGAUAUCUCCAAUAGCUAUUUAUUACAUCCUUUAUUAUAAACAAAGGCUAUAAUUCAAUUAUAGGGCUGCUAAUGUUUUGGAUAUUAACGUCUUAAUAGAUAGAAGAAGUGAAUUAGUUGUUGAAUUAACAAAUGCUUGA